AUGCCAUUCGGCAUAGCCUCUGCUCCCGAAAUAUUUCAAGAACGCAUGUGCUCCAUUUUAUCAGGCUUAGAUGGAGUAGAAGUUUCAAUGGAUGACAUUCUUAUUCAUGGCUCAACCAUUGAUAUUCUGGAAAAAAGGACUUCCAAAGUUUUAUCUGCUCUCAAUAUAGCAGGUCUUAAGCUCAACAAAGACAAAUGUAUUUUCAAAGCACAAGAAAUCAAAUUCUUGGGACACAUAGUUUCUGGAAAUGGCUUCCUUCCAGAUCCCACUAAGAUUGAAGCUAUACAAAAUCUAAAACAGCCCUCAAAUGUAGCCGAGCUACAGCGAUAUCUUGGCAUGGUAACUUACUUGGGUAAAUUCAUUAAUAACUUUUCAAAGUUGACAGAGCCUUUGCGCAAACUACUGAACAAAGGAAUAGCCUGGGUUUGGGAUUUUGAUCAAAAGACAGCAUACAAAAAGCUAAAUGAAGCUCUUGCGUCACCUCCUUUGCUCCGUUACUUUGACCCAAAACUUCCAAUAACAUUAUCAGUUGAUGCAAGCUCACAUUCUGUUGCAUCAGUGCUCCUACAAGAAAAUCAGCCAGUAGCAUAUUCUUCCAAAUCUCUAACUAAAACACAGCAAAGUUACAGCCAGUUAGAGAAAGAGGCCCUAGCAAUUUCAGUUGCAUACACACUGAGUAGAGACUGCAUUAAUCAGGCAACUCCUGAAGAAGAACUAUCUUUUGCAGUAGACUUGGUAAUAUCCAUGCCAAAAGAAAAACUUAAGGAGGCUCAACAUCUCACAGAAAAAGAAGCUGAACUUUCCAAACUUAAGCACAUCAUUCUAAGUGGUUGGCCUGAAGAAAAAUCUGAAUUGCCAGAAGAGCUAUACAAGUAUUGGAAUUAUCGGGAUUCCUACUCCGGUUUUUACGACAUUGUUGAGUUAAAAUCUACAACAUCUUCAAAUGUUAUUACUGAACUCAAAAAGUGGUUUUCAGUACAUGGAAUUCCUGAAACGUUAUUAUCAGAUGGGGGUACUCAGUUCAAUUCAUUCGAGUUCAAACAUUUUGAAAAAGAGUGGCAAUUCAAUAAAAGAGUUUCAAGCCCUUUGUUUGCAAGAUCAAAUGGAUUAGCCGAACGGUAUGUUCAAGAGGCAAAACUCAUUCUAAAGAAAUGUCUAGAAGAAAAGACGGAUGUUUAUCUCGCCCUACUUCAUCAAAGAAAUAUACCCCGGAAAAAUCUUGGAUCUCCAGCUCAAAGAUUAAUGGGGCGCAGAACAAGGACACUGCUCCCUAGCACAGAUACAAUUCUGCAACCUAAAAUAAUUCAAAAUGUUCACAAUGAAUUGCAAAAGAUUCGGGAAAAAUCAAGACAAUACAGUAACAGAACAAAAAAGAACAACUUAGAAUUUGAAGAAGGAGAAAAAGUACUGUAUAGGAAAGAACACAGAGACUGGCAGCCAGCUACAGUCGUAAGAAAAGGUCCGGAGCCAAGAUCAUACCUUAUAGAAACUCCAGAUGGGAAUGUUUACCGAAGGAACUCUUGGUUUUUGAAGAAACGAUUUUAUGACGUGGAAAAACCGGCAGGAGCAAGUACAGUGAACGGAAGUAAAGCUGGAAAUGGAGUUAAAGACGUAGAUAGUAGAAAGUCAUCGCGAAGAAUAAAUCCUCCCAAAAGACUUGACUUAUAA